UAAUCAAUACAACUUUAUAUUUUCGUUGAAAGAAGCUAAAAAACUACUCAACUUCAUCUUUGCGAUACAGAGGAAAAUAACAACAAUGGCGACUUCCAAAGGCGCUAAUACGUACAAUCGGUUGAAUUGGGAAGAUGCCGAUUUUCCCGUUUUAUGCCAAACAUGUCUGGGCGACAAUCCAUAUAUUCGGAUGACCAAAGAGCGGUUUGGAAAAGAAUGCAAAAUUUGUUCUCGUCCUUUUACUGUUUUCCGGUGGUGCCCUGGAUCAAGAAUGAGAUUUAAAAAGACUGAAGUUUGUCAGACUUGUAGUAAACAAAAGAAUGUUUGCCAGACAUGUUUACUGGACCUUGAGUAUGGUUUACCUGUUCAAGUUCGUGAUUAUGCAAUGAAUUUAAAAGAUGAAAUUCCAAAGUCAGAAGUUAAUCGAGAAUAUUACUCUCAAAACAUGGAACGAGAGAUAGCAAAUGCGGAAGGAAGUCAGCCAUAUGGAGCCCUUGCUAAAGCUCAAACACCAAGUGAUCUGCUAAUGAAACUGGCUCGAACAACUCCUUAUUACAAAAGAAACAGACCUCAUAUAUGCAGCUUUUGGGUUAAAGGUGAAUGCAAGCGUGGAGAAGAAUGUCCAUAUAGGCAUGAAAAACCUACUGAUCCAGAUGAUCCAUUAGCUGAUCAGAACAUUAAAGAUAGGUAUUACGGUGCAAAUGACCCAGUUGCUGAUAAACUUCUUCGAAGAGCGUCUGCAAUGCCUAAAUUAGAACCUCCUGAAGAUAAGACAAUAACUACUUUAUAUGUGGGAAAUCUCGGAGAGAAAAUAACUGAGAAAGAAUUGAAGGAUCAUUUUUAUCAGUAUGGUGAAAUUCGUUCAGUAACUCUUCUAAAUAAGCAACAGUGUGCAUUUAUACAAUUUACUACAAGACAGUCGGCUGAAAUGGCUGCUGAGAAAGCAUUUAAUAAAUUGAUUUUGAGCGGUCGACGGCUGACAAUCAAGUGGGGCAGAUCCCAAGCUAAACUUUCUACUGGGGGAUCAAAAGAAGUAGAAAAUAAGAAUUUAGAACCAGUGCCAGGUCUACCUGAAGCUCUACCACCUCCACCAGAAGAGUUAGCCAAUAAUUAUUUCAAUCUCCCACCAACUCCCACCAUCUUACCUACUGCUGGAGCUCUUCCACCAGCACCUCCACUUCCACCUUAUCCUCCGCCUAUGACAAUGAUUGGAGGACCUCCACCGUUAGGUAUGGGUUUUGCUAUGCCACCUCCACCACCACCUCUUCAAUUCAUCCGUCCUCGUCCAACGACCUUGCCUCCUCCUGGUAUCAUGCCUCCUGGAUUGCGCCCUCCUGGCUCAUAUCCUCCUCCUCCGGGACAGUCAUCGGCACCGUCGUCAGGUUCCUCUGAAGAAACGAUUUCUCCACCAAAACCAGUGAUUCAUUAUCCUUCGCAAGAUCCACAGAGAAUGGGAUCCACAGGUGCACCGGUUAAAUCAUGAGUGAAAUCCUAUAGAUAGGACUGUAAUGAUGUGCAUAUUUUUGUAUGAAUGACUUGUACAAAUUAUAAUUAUGCCUUGUUGUACUGUCAAGCACUGUUUGCUUUAUGUUGUGUCGUCAAUGAUAUAAAAAGAAUUAUAAAAAUGAUGUUAAAAUAAU